CUGUAUCCUGAGUUGCAGUCCUGUGCCUGCGUUCCUCUCAUCUAGGAUUAGCUUGAAAGGGGGGGGAAAAAAUCAUAAAUAAUAACAGACGCAGAUUGGAAUACGGCGCUGAAGCAUCUGUUUUCAAUCAGGACUAGCGUUUUAAAGGACGUGAUAUCCCUGGGUGACCGCAGAACUGGAUCUGUUUGCUUUACGUGAGCCGUCUAUAUAAAGGACAUACAAACGAGAGGGAAAGUAAACAGAUACGUCGUUUUUAAUUCGCGUUAAACAGGAAAACGCGGGCUGAUGAGCGAUAACAAGGGCCAAACGAUAUCGUCUCCUUUAAGAGCAACAAAGGUAUCUGGCUUUAAUACAUGAAUAUUUUAAGCGAGUUCGCGUCGUCAAAAUAAAACACAAGUCAUUAGGCUGUAAAAAUGAACGCGAUCCGUCUCUGGUAAGUGCGGCCAGGUAAACAUCAGGCGAAACAUGGACAGGGAUCAGGUUGUGGAUCAUUCUGUAAUGUUUAACCAACACAGAUAGCGAGAGAAUAGCUCUGCUGAUGAUAAAAUCGCAGCUCUUUGUGGUUUAAUGCUUCGAGAGCAUGUUGGCAUGCAUGCAUACGCGUCAAUUGUACGUUCGUUCAAAGUCGUGUCGCUAUAAUAGAUAAAACAGUCUUUCUAGCUUUACCGGCUGCCUCUCUUAUAGUUGUAGGGGACAGAAAUCUGAUCGAUAUAGUGCUACACGAGCAGCACAGAGGCUCAGGUCUACUCUAUUAUAAUUCCAGCAGGGCAAAUGUCAUGUGCCUGGCACAAAUCAAAUGCGUGAUCGGCUGCUUCAGUGAAUGACUGGAAGUUACAGCUGCUUACGAAAGGACGUUUUCAGCGCAACUUCCUGUUUUAAACGACGAUAUGACAUUUACAUGUGGAUUUAACUGAUCCUAUCUCGACUGACACUGGAUGUUACACGAUGUCGUAGCCUUUAACCAGUAGUUUAGUUAUCUUUCAGCGGAUAGUCAGGCAUCUGUCACGGAGACAUUUACCGCGUGCUCCGUCUGGCUCUGGGGUUUGAUUUGGGUGCAGUAAUUGGAAAUAGACUGAUAAUUGGUUUGACCGAUGCUUUUUUAACAUAUUCAAGCUUCUGCGCGUUUAUCGAUGCGUUUUGACCGAUUAAUGGCACCAUUUACGGGGUCUCUGAAGAAUAGGGUAAAAAAAGUAAAAAUUUUUAAUAUGGUUUGGAUGUUUUUUUUAAAUCCUAGUCAUUCAUUCUGAAGGGAGUUCAUGUUUAGCUUUACAAUCAGAAAAUAAAUGUGCCACUAUUUGGAUCACAAACUACUUUGCAUAAAUUAAAUUACUAUUAUUACUGGUGUAAUAAACAAUUCAUUACUGCGUAUUAUGUUUUUAUGUAGUUGUCAGACUAUCAAAAGCUAUUAAAAUCGGAUGUAAAGUUCGUAAAAGGAACACAAUGGUUAGAAUGAUUUUUCAUAAUAGCAUUUUAAAUUAGUCAAGUCAUUUUCGCUCGCCCUAAACUAUUACCAUAAUUAGUUAGUGUUCUUUUUUUAUGGUUAUCAUUUGUGGAUCGAUUGUCGAAGUUUCUCUCGUUAAAAAAAGAAACCCUGGACGUCAGAUUCCUUCUUUCACGCCCGGCUGUGGUAUUUGAUUGCUGACUAACUUUGCCAGGAGCAGAAACGCUCCCUUGGCAUGUUUGGGUCUGAUCGGCAGCUGUUUCUCUGGGGCUUCUGUGCUCGUAUGGUCUUCAUCGACUGACCUAGCACCUGGAUCUAAAUGAAAGAGUCGCGAGAAUGAGCGAAACCUUGUUGGGACGGUGCUAGAACUUGAUGUUUUCCUUCCGCGAGCGGAUCAACUCAAAACUGGAUGUCUGAUCAACUGGUUGAGAUGGCUGAGAACUGGCGGAACUGCUUCGAGGAGGAGCUCAUUUGUCCCAUUUGUUUGCAUGUGUUCGUGGAGCCCGUGCAGUUGCCGUGCAAACACAACUUCUGCCGGGGCUGCAUCAGCGAGGCCUGGGCCAAAGACACGGCCAACGUGCGCUGCCCCGAGUGCAACCACGCGUACAAUCAGAAACCCAACCUGGAGAAAAACAUCAAACUGACUAACAUUGUAGAGAAGUUCAACGCGCUGAACGUCGAGAAAGCUCCGGCCGUGCUGCACUGCAUUCUGUGUAGGCGAGGGCCUCCUCUGCAAGCGCAGAAAGUGUGUCUUCGUUGCAAUGCACCGUGUUGCCAGUCUCACAUCCAGACGCAUCUCCAGCAGCCCUGUCCCGCUCCUGGACACCUCCUGGUGGGGGCUGAGGAGGUGCGGGCCUGGAGCUGCCUGCACCACGAUGAGUACAGACUCUAUCACUGCGAUGCGGAACAGGUGGCGGUCUGCCAGUACUGCUUCUUCUCCAGAUGUGCGCCCAACCACGGCCACGCGGUGUGCGACGUGGAAGUGCGACGCAUUGACAUCAGGCAUAUGUUAAUGAAGCAGCAGGAUCGCAUUGACGAUCGAGUGAAAGACAUCGAGGAGCAGCUGUGUAAGUUGGAGUCUGACAAACUACUGGUGGAGGAUAAGGUACAGCAGCUGAAGGAGGAGGUGCGUGUGCAGUAUCACAAAAUGCACCAGCUCUUAGAAGAUGACCUGGGGAGAACUCUAGAGGUGCUGGAUAAAGCACACUCCAAAUACUGCCAGGAGAACUCGACCCAAACCCUCCAGCUCAAUGAACGCCGUCAGGAGGCCAAGAAACUGCUCAGCUCUGUCCAAGUUGUGUUUGACAAGGCAGAGGAUAUUAACUUUAUGAAGAACACAAAACCAGUAAAAAUACUCAUGGACAGAUCACAGUCAUGCACAGGCAGUGUUCUGCCUCCUUACAAAGUGGGUCAUCUUAAUUCCAAAAUAUUCCUGUCUGAAGUCUCAAAAAAGGAAAAGAACUUGAGAAAAAUACUGGAAGGCAAGUAAAAAUUUAGUGGUUCAGUGACAGUUGGUGGUUCACACCUUUUCUAAUUGGAUCAUUGAUUCUAGUAUAAAACAAUGGUAAAUGAAAAUAAAAUUCCACUAGCUAUGUAAUCAUGAAUAGUUAUGAUAGUACGUUUUUUGGCACAAAUUUGUCAGUUGGUAGAAGCAAGACAAAUUAGACGGGUACCAAUGUAGAUUUUUUUUUUUUGUUGCACAUU